AUGACUUUGCAGAACCGUAGAAACCAUCAUAAGUGCAUAAUUCGCCAGAUUUUGAUAUCAAUACACAUAUCCGGAUUGUCGACUCUAAUAUGUCGCUACAGUGACAUUGUGUGCAACUGCAAGCACCAUAAUCACAACAAUGUGUUCAACUGCAAGCACUCUCCCUCGGCAACCUUGGACCUUCUCAUUCUGCUCCUCGUCCUCUUCUCAGGGGCCUUCCUCCUCUCCUCCUAUUUCUCAUACAUCUUCCAUUCCCUCUCCCUCCUUCUUCCCUCCCUCCCUCUCUCCUACCUCCUCCCCUUCUUCCUCUUUUUCGCUCUCUCCCUUGCCGCCGCCGACUUCUGUUGCGGCCCCCGAUCCCGUCGUUGUCAGCGCUCCGGAUGCAAGGGCCUCAAGAAGGCCAUGGAGUUCGAUUUGCAGAUUCACCGCUUCGGCUCCGCUCCCUCCCCUGAUGCCUCUGCUAAAAUUGACCGCCUGCCCUGGAAGGGCGGCACCGAGGCCAACCACGAUUACGAGUGUCUCCGCUCUGAACUCCGCAAGAUGGCUCCUCCAGUAGUAGAUUAA